UGUUCUUGAAAAGCCUUGAUUAUAAUAUGAAGAGACCUGAGUUGAAACAAUAGGUUUUUAAUGUUUAAAGGAACAAUGAUCUGUGGGCUAUGACUUUGUAUGACUAAACAAUGCAGGCAGAAUCACUGAAGUGAAUGAUCCAGGUGUCCAGAGUUGAGAGGAUUACUGGCUAGAUUUCACGUUAAAGUAGGAGUUGGACAAUUUCUUGUUUUGGGUUUCUGUCCUGCAUUCCUGUUGGCCAUCCACAUAUCCCAAUUAUAAGCCUACAAGUUUUCCAGAGAAGACUAAUUGGGCACCCUGUUUUUGUCUAGAUAUUUUAGGGUUGAAUUGAAUAUGUGGAGUAAACUGACUUUUUGGUAAGAUGUUCUUUUCCAGUGAUUAUCAUUUGCUAGUCCAGUUUUAUACUUCAGUGAAUACUCUAGUAUUCAGAGGAAUCCUUUGAGCAUUUCUUUGUCCCUGACGUUAACUUUUGUUUCCUCAUUUCAAGACUGGGGAGCAUCAAGAAAUUAGGGGAUACAGAAUUCCCUUUCCAUUCUCAACUCUGCAUCUUCCUUCCCCUCACACCUCUUUUCUAUUGCUUAGCCUACUUUCACCUGAAUUCUGGCUGGUUGGGCAACUUGAAUUAAAGUUAUGACAGCCUACACCCUUAUGACUAAUAAUAAAGCCCUAGAAUAUCUGAUUAAUCUGCAUACCUCUAAAGAGCUAACAUUACAAAAUCAAGACUUGUACCUUUUUUCCCCCUUCCUAGCACAUUUACCUAAAAGUAUAGAAUCGUAAAGAUAGAAGUGGGACAGAAACGAUCCUCUAGGCCAACUUUUUGUGUUCUGCAAAUGAAGGUACCAGCCCAAAAAGCUUAAGUUAUUUUUCCAGAAUUAUCUGGUAGCACUCAACUAGUACCCCAGGCUCCUUUUCCACUAUUCUUUCAGUAAUGCCAUACUGCCCUGUAGUGAAUCGGGAGUAGCAAGGAUUCUAGAAUUCCUAUUUUGCUGACUUGAGGGGAUCUGUGCCUUGGGCUGGGUCAGUGGAUGGUUUCUGAUUUAUUUUUUACUGAAUUUAUUUGGGUUUAUCAACACCAAGGGACAGGUACAUGGACCUAAAAAAAACCUUAGUUUUUGAUCCUUGUUGGGCAGUAUGGAAGAAUGUGUAAGGAAAAGGCCUUUUUUGUUGUUCAGGGGCCCUUAGAAGUGAGGAAUAAAGGCCUUCUGGACUUUGAGGUACCUACAUGUACCACCCUUUCUAAAUCCACUUUUUCCUCCUCCAAGACAAUAUUUCUGUUGCAGGCCCGUGGCAAAAUUUUUGUGAGCCCCUAAUGGUGUUCUGUUAAGAGAAAGUUUGUGAUGUAUAAGUGUUCCCAUAAUUCUAAAUAAACUUUCAUAUGAAGUGGCUUUGAUCUCAGGUAAAACAAAAAAUAUUUUCUAUGAGGCAUGUUUCACUGAAUGAGAUUGGAUAACUCACCUUUGUUUUUUCCUUUCCCCCUCUUUUAUUCUCUCUUCCCUCCAGCUAUGCCCCCUGUGUCUUUUAGCACUGCUAUGGCACAGCCUGGACCUGUUCCUCCCCUUCCCUCUCCUUCCCUCUCUUCUUUCUCUCCCAUUCCCCAGCCUCUUUGUCCUUUGACUACACCUGACCAACCUUCCUCAUUCUCUCUUCCUUCAGCCCCUGGUUUAACCACAGGAACCUCUUGGCCUUCCGUAGCACCCUUUUCCCAGACAUCCCCUUUGGCUACCCUGCCUUUAGGCAUUGGUUCUCCUCAAGCUUCAGCCACUUAUUCCUUGCCACCAUCUUCUCCCAUGGUCACACCAGCCUUUCUCCCAGAUCUAAUAGGACCUCCCAUCUCCCCAGCUGCCUUAGCUCUGGCUUCCCCUAUGAUUUCUCCAGCUCUGAAAGGUGCCCCUUCUUCAGCUCCUUUGUCUCUAGUGGCCCUUGCCCCUUCUUCUCCUCAAAAGAACCUGGAUGCUUCACCUAGUCCAGUGAGCCCAACUACACCUGCUUCUCUGCUGAAUCCUAAUCCCAGAAUUAAUCCAAUCCCAAAAGUGACUUCCAGCUCUGUCACAGUUACCGCUCAGGAAUCCACUGACCCAAAAGGCACUUACACCCCUUCAAAUAUAGCCGUUUCUUUGCCACCACAUCUUGGAACUCCUCUACACUCUGAGUCAAACACUGUUCUCCAGACAGCCCCUACUUCACCCAUUUCAGUCCAGGCUGCUUCCAUGACUGCCCCUUCUCCAACUAAGACUCCAAAAGCUUCCUCUACUACCUUCACUCCAUUUGUAGGCCCUCCUCUUUCCCAUGCAGAGCAGAUUGUUUCUCUUGGCUGUGGAGCGUCAGAUCAAAUAGACUCUGACAAUUUUUUAAAACCUAAAAGUCCUGCCCCAAUCACCAUUCCUGCAGGCAUCUCUUCCCAGGGACCUUCAAACUCCUCUAAAACCUUAGGAUCUCCUGUUACUCUAUUUCCAAAAGAUCCUCUAGUUUCUCCUGCUGUGGCCAGUUCACCUGUAGGAAGCCCAUUUUCUUUACUGAUGCCAUCUGUUGAGAAAGAUCCGUCUUCCAUAAGCAUAGCCCCUAACCUGUCUUCAGGCCCAACAUUUGGGGCCAUUUCUCCAGUAGUUCCUUCUACUUAUCCCUUGUCUCCACCUGUUCUGUCUUUAGGACCCAAAGCUUCUUCCCUUGAGAGUCCAGCCCUAAAAGGAACUGCUCCAGUUUUAACAACCACACAAGUUGCUAUGCCAUCUUCCCCUACUGUAAUUGCUACUAUACCCAGUUCCUUGGAGGGAGGCAAAUGUCCAUUAAGUAGCCCUUUUAUUCCUUCAGAGUCAACUGAUCCCAAGGCUAAGAGGGAUUAUGCUGCUCUCCCCACAGCUUUACCUCUGUCCCCUGUAGUUCCCAAAGAUCCUUCUGUUGUCCAGGUUGCAGCCCCUUCUCUUAAGACUCUGAAAAAUCUUAAAGAUUCCCAAGUUAUCCCCAUGUCUCCUCUUGAAGUCUCUACUCCAAUGCAGAUAGAUUCUCUACCCAAGAAAGUACCUGUUACAGUACCCUUGACGCAUGUGGCUCCCCAAAGUCCCUCAACUUAUUCUUUGAAAUCCUCACCAGGUUCUCCAUCUCAGGAAACCACCCUAGCAAAAAAAGAUCUCAUGGGAUCCCCUUUUCCUGCUGCAGUCCCCUCUCUGACGGUUCUAAGUGUUCCAACCUCAAGUGCAGACAGUUCUACUCUAGAGGUCUCUGGCACUCCAAAAGUCUCUGUAGACAAAGUUGAUCUUUCUAUUCCCUCUCCUUUAGCAUCUCCUCUUCCAGUCUCUGAUGGCCCUCCCAGCUCUUUUAGCCUACUUCUCAAAGGUUCCUCCACCACCCCAACUGUCCCUUCUCCUCAGGGGCUUCUUUCUUCUUCAGCUCAGAUGGACUCUCCAAAGAAAGAUCCUGCAACUCCAUUCACUCUUUGCCCUGUAGCUUCCAAAGAAAUCACCAGUACUUCAGCUGCAACUCCAUUCACUCUCUCUUCUGCAGCUUCAAAAGGUCAUAUGGCUAAAAAGGGUCCUACAUCUCCUGAAUAUUCCCAUAUUCCCUCAGCUGUAGCUGUUUCUCCUUUGGGGGCCUCAGUUACUCCUCAAACUCCAGAGUUGCUCCCAGAUAAGAGCUCUGCUGCAGUCCCUUCUUCCUUAACUCUAGUUUCUGUUAGUCCCCAAAGUGCACCAGUUCCAUCUGUUUUACCAGCUACUACAACUUCUGGUUCCCCAGGAAUAGUAGCUUCUCCUUUAGUGGCUGCUGCCACUCCUAAUAGAUCCCCAACUAAAAAAGACUCUAUUUCCCCCCUAGCCUCUGAUCUGACUUCAGCUGCUCCAUCUCUGAAAGGGUCACCUACAUCCUCACUUGUGACUUCACCCCACAAAGGGGGCCCUACGCCAUCCACUAAAGAGUUUCCCACUACCCCACCAGCUGCAAAGUCACUAUGCUCCCAAACUACACCAAUUGUGCCACCUCCAACUCCAGAAGGGGCUCCCACUAUCCCACUAGCCAUAAUGCCAUCAUCCCCCAAAAAGGCUUCCCCUACUUCACCAUCUGUGCUUCCAGCCACUGCUCUACCUACUUCAGCUCCAUCAUCCCCCAAAGGAACCACUACAUCAACUAUAUCUCUAGCUCCUGAAGGUACUCCCACUGCUCUACCUUCUAAAGAGGCCCCAGUUCCACUAUCUCUGCCUUCUGAGGCUUCCAAAGAGAACCCCACUGUUCCACUAAUUGUUCCUUUUCCAUCCCCCAAAGAAGUUCCUACCCCACCUGUAAAUACCUGUCCAUUGGAGGCUACUGUUUCUCCUCAGGCUCCUAAAGGGUCCCCAGCCAAGAAGGGUUCUGUUACUUCCCCUGUACCUCCUAAAGGUGCUUCCACUCCCCAAGAUGCUUCUCUAUCUCCCAAAGUUACUUCUGAUUCUUCACCUGUAGCCACCUCUCCUUUGGAGGGCACCAUCUCUCCUCAAGCUCCUAAAGAGUCCCUGGCCAAGAAGGGUUCUGCUACUUCCCCUGCAGCAGCUAAAGGUGCCCCCACUCCCCAAGCUGCUUCUCCAUCUCCCAAAGUCGCUUCUGAUUCCUCUCCUGUAGCCACUUCUCCAUUGGAGGACACUGUCUCUCCUCAGACUCCUAAAGGGUCCCCAGCCAAGAAGGGUUCUGCUACUUCCCCUGCAGCAGCUAAAGGUGCCCCCACUCCCCAAGAUGCUUCUCCAUCUCCCAAAGUCGCUUCUGAUUCCUCUCCUGUAGCCACUUCUCCGUUGGAGGCCACUGUCACUCCUCAAGCUCCUAAAGGGUCCCCAGCCAAGAAGGGUUCUGGUACUUCUCCUGCUGCAGCUAAAGGUGCUCCCACUCCCCAAGCUGCUUCUCCAUCUCCCAAAGUCAAUUCUGCUUCCUCUCCUGUAGCCACUUCUCCGUUGGAGGCCACUGUCUCUCCUCAAGCUCCUAAAGGGUCCCCAGCCAAGAAGGGUUCUGCUACUUCCCCUGCAGCAGCUAAAGGUGCCCCCACUCCCCAAGCUUCUACUUCUCUGUCCCCCAAAGGGGCAAUUCUCUCUCCUCAAGCCUCUAAAAAAAGCCUGCCUAAAAAGAAUUCUGCUGCUCUACCUGACUUAGCUCACAAAGGGGCUUCUACUUUGUCAGAUAUGAUUCCACUUCCCAAAGACAACCCUGUUGCUCCAUCUCCCAAAUCAACUUCUUCCACAGUAACCCCUAAAGAGACUACUAAUCACACUUCUGAAGUGGUUUCACCUUUGGAAGCCAGUGUUUCUCCUCAAACUUCUAAAGGUUCCCCAAUUAAGAAGGGUUCUACUUCCCCUACAACUCCCAAGAAUACACCAAUUGUCCCCACUUCAAAAGUCCCAUUAGCCAAGAAGGGUGAUGCAACUUCACCCCUUAGGACUCCUAUAUCUCCAGAAGCAUCCCCUGCUCUCUCAACUAAGAUUGGUAUUGUGGGAGCCCCUCUUGGCCCAAAAGAUGCUUCUCCCCAGGCUUCUAAAGGUCCUUCUGUUACUGAAAAGAGGGAAGGUCCUGUUCCCUCUUCAAAGGAUCUCAUAGUACCUAUCCCUACCCAGUCUUCUCCAUUAGUAGCUGCUGCAUCUGAAUCCAACCUUAAGGCUAAAUCAGCUUCUCUAUCUCCAACUCCCAUCCCACCAGUUUCCUUGCUUCUUGUUCCCUCCCCAGUCCCUCCUCCUUUGCUCCCUAAACAGCAGCCUCUUCUGCCGUCCUCACCUGGGCUGGUGCCCGAAGCACCCUGUAAGCCCCAAGGCCCAGCUGAUGAGGACGAGCUGCCGCCUCUGAUCCCCCCGGAAUCACCCUCAGGGGGACUGCCUUUCCAGCCGGUCCUGGUGGACAUGCCCACCCCCAAACCUACUGGGGUCCCUGCCCCGAUCCCUCCUGCCAAGCAGCCCGUUUUGAAGAACAACAAGGGGUCUGGAACAGAAUCUGACAGUGAUGAAUCAGUACCAGAGCUUGAGGAACAGGAUUCUACACAGGCAACUACGCAACAGGCCCAGCUGGCGGCAGCCGCUGAGAUCGAUGAGGAACCAGUCAGUAAAGCAAAACAGAGUCGAAGUGAAAAGAAAGCACGAAAGGCUAUGUCCAAACUGGGACUUCGACAAGUGACAGGAGUUACUAGAGUCACCAUCCGGAAAUCUAAGAAUAUCCUCUUUGUAAUCACAAAGCCAGAUGUCUACAAGAGCCCAGCUUCAGAUACCUACAUAGUCUUUGGGGAAGCCAAGAUUGAGGAUCUCUCUCAGCAGGCACAGCUAGCUGCUGCUGAAAAAUUCAAAGUUCAGGGUGAAGCCGUUUCAAACAUACAGGAAAAUACACAAACUCCAACUGUACAAGAAGAAAGUGAAGAGGAAGAGGUUGACGAAACAGGUGUGGAAGUUAAGGACAUAGAAUUGGUCAUGUCCCAAGCAAAUGUGUCCAGAGCAAAGGCUGUCCGAGCCCUAAAGAACAACAGUAAUGAUAUUGUAAAUGCUAUUAUGGAAUUAACGAUGUAACAAUCUGGAGACAAAGACUUUUUUUUCAAUGUUUCAGAGAAGAUUAAAUGCAACCUGAUUUGAAAUUUGUACUGUUUCUAUCAAUAAAGUUGUGGCUUCUUGUUGGAUGAA